GGAGAAUCUUCAGUGUUCGAUGAGAAGUGCUGCUGUCGAAACAAAAAAACAACGUUCUAUUAAUAUAAGAAAAAGGAGUUACUUCACAUUACAUUUAAACUCCCUCGAAAAUGCUUUGUCCAAGAAAAUGGAGAGAUAAUAUUGGUGGAGAGAGUAAGAUGCGAGUGCUGAGGUCUGUGCUGGGAGGAUGUGUGGUUAUUGUGGCGUGUGUGGUAGUACUUACCACACUCACCUCCACACCACCCACAGGUCCUGCCAUCCACUCGAUCGUCCCACACAACUUGAAGGAGGAGCUCGAGGGGAAAAUGACCUGUGAUGAAAAACUGUUGGAGAAGCUAGACUUUGUUGGGAAGCCGCAGCUGUAUCCACAUCACACAUGGGAGAAUCUCUCCACACCUGUCCUCACAACUGCUGUGUCAAGUGGAUUAGUAUGGCAAGUGGAAGGGCUGCUGGGGAUGGCACAGCAGCUCUUCUCAAACCUGACUGUUGUGGUUUACAGUCUGGAUCUCUCCUACCAGGAACUACAGCAGCUAGAGGAUGCCUGUAAUACAUCCUGUGUGGUCACACCCUUUGACUUUAGCACUUACCCAUCCCACGUGAGAGACCUCCACCUCAAAGCCUACCGUCCUAUCAUAAUACAGGUGUCAAGUGGAUUAGUAUGGCAAGUGGAAGGGCUGCUGGGGAUGGCACAGCAGCUCUUCUCAAACCUGACUGUUGUGGUUUACAGUCUGGAUCUCUCCUACCAGGAACUACAGCAGCUAGAGGAUGCCUGUAAUACAUCCUGUGUGGUCACACCCUUUGACUUUAGCACUUACCCAUCCCACGUGAGAGACCUCCACCUCAAAGCCUACCGUCCUAUCAUAAUACAGGAAUUAUUAGUUCGUGCGGGGGCAGUCCUGUGGCUAGAUGCUAGUGUGCGACUAGUGAGUGAAGUUCAGGAUGCCAACAUGGCAGCUGAGAAAAUGGCAGAAUGGAGCAGUUGGGCAGUUAAGAACGGUGGUGUCUUGACCUGGCCUCUGCCCCACCCUGCGCUCCUCCCCACAGCAGCCCUUACUCACCCCAAUAUGUUUACUUUCUUCCACACCAAAAAGAAUUAUUAUGAUUUUCAGCAGAUGGGAGAUGCAGGCACAAUGUUAGUCUAUAACACAAAAGAUGUCCAUGAUCACUUGAUGAAACCCUGGGUAUCCUGUGCCCUCACACACAACUGCAUCAGUCCAAUAGGUGCCCAAGAUACAGGCUGCAGGUAUGACAAAAAGCCGCUUUUCCGCUACUCAGGGUGCCACCAUUAUGACGCUUCAGCAUUCAAUGUUGCCUUAGGAGUCAUGUUCUCAUAUGACACUCGACUUUACCUGGCAGCCACAUCGCCCUUCACGCGUGUGUUGCAGAAAGCUCAGCAGGAGGUAGAAAAUGUGCCAGGAGAGGAGAGUUUGAACACGUCCAGUAGAGACAACUCAAGUAGGAAAUAUAAUCUUAAGAAACUUGAAAGGCUCAGUGGUGCAGAUGCAUCUAACAGUGGGUCAUCCUUCAGAAUAGUUUCCGAAAACACAUCACAAACAUCUGCCAAGAAGGAAGCAUUGGAAAAGUAAGCAAAAGAAAGUGAAGGUCAGUGGAUAAUAUGUGGAACAUGUAGAUUGAGCAACAAUGGUUGGAAAUGAUUUGAAACUUUUUUAUAUAGUGUUCGGAGGUUUUUGAUUUUUGAUAUCUCCCCUGGGAACAGUAAUCAAGCCAGCUAAGUUACCUUUGAUUACUGUGAAACUCUUAUGUAGCUGUGGCUAAAUGCACUAGUGAUUAUUUUGCCAUUAUUACUAUUAUGAUGAUGAUUUUUAUAUAUACUAGUUAAUUAUUGGUGCAAGUUAAAUUGGUUCCUAAAAGUGAGUUUAUAAGGUUGCCAUUUUGUGUGUGCUGAUACAUUAAAAUGGAACAUCACAGAAAACCUAAGAAUGCCAUGGCAAAGAAAACAUGAUAGUUCCUCAGUUGCUAUUUUUUCUUCUUAAUGCAUUAUGGGUUCCUCAGUCGAUUUGAUCUAAUUUGUGUUCUGAUCAAUAUUUCAUUUAUAUUUUUUGUACACAAAUCCUUCUAGUGUUUAAGUGUGUAUGUUCCACCAUGCAUUUGUACAUGUGUGGAUGUUCUCUGAAUGAGUGUAAUGCAAGAGUUGGCUGUGUAACUGCUCUUUAUCAGCAGAUUUCUAUUUUCAAGUGUCAUUUAAACAUUUAAGGACAAAAAUGACGAAUGAUUCCUCUUUUUCAUUGCUCUGUAUAAUUUUAUUGAUUAUUUUAUGAGAUGGAACAUUUUGGAACAAGUAAGACAUUAUUUAUAUGAAUAUCCUUGUUGAUUUCUCUUGAUCAAAACCAUAUUUUGAGAACCAAGUUUACACUUAUUCAUUUAAACAUCUAGAUAAAGAGAGUAGGUUGUCAAGAUUCCUAGGAAACAAAGAUCAAAAAGAAAAGUUCUCAAACAGGAAGCCAGUCAUCCCUUUUUGAUGCUUCUAUGAUACAGCUUCAUUUUAUUGUUUAAUUUUUAUGCUGUGACUCCUCCCCCUCCUGCCCUUUCCACCCCUUCUUCUUAGAAUCCAUAGUUUGAAGGGAUGGUAGGAUUAACAUACAUGCAAGUAAAAGUAAAUGCUAUUUAAUGGAAAGAAGUUAACCCAUUCCCGACGGGCAUGCCAUGCCAUGCCCACUGUGAGAUUACUUGUUAGAUUGUUUUUAAACAUAGAUGGCUACACUUGUACUAAAUCACCAAUGAGCCAGUUACGAGUACCGCCUGUCUCGCCCGUUCACCCUUUUCUUUGAUUUACGAAAUAUUUUAUGUUAUCUUAUUUUGCUGUUACUAAUGUUAAAAAACAUUAUAAAAAUUAUAAUGUUUAUAACAAAACAACACCAUCGAUAUUCAUGGCAAUAGUGAAAAAUACGUUUUUCCCGCCAUUUCAAAUCAGGCACUAACAGAGCCAUCUAUGGGCAGACAUUUAACAAAAAAGGAUAGAAAAUAGGCACAGCACUUUCCCCAUUUUUUGUUCAUUUUCACUGGCGGCAAUGGGUUAAUACUAUAUGGAAUGUUCAUCAAGUCUCUCAGUACAGUUGUGCAAAUGAGUUCCUUAGGAGCAAGCAUAAGGUUUAAGUGAUAUGUAUUAUAUGCAGCUUAUUUUUAUAUUAGUGUUCUUUACUGAUAUCUUAGUUUAACCCUAAAAUGACAAUACCAUAAUUCUCCGGGUGUCACUCAUUCCGGUGACUUCUGGCACCCAUUCAGCCAUUUAGCCUGGGAGUCUGCUAUGUAUAGUAGAACGUCCCAUUCGACUUGCUCUAGUGUUAUGACACCUAUAGCUGUACACGUCAUGAUGAGUUGGUGUUUCGUGAUGGCUAUAGUGUGCCUGACCUUAAGAGGUUAAGAUAUGUUGCUUAGUUGUGCUGAACUCAGUUAUAACUAUUACUAUUCUACAGAUUAGACAUAGGUAAGACAAUGAUAAUACACAAUGCUGCUUAUUUUGAUUAUUCAGUUAUUUUGAAAUAACAAAAGGGACAAUUUUUUUUAAGUACCAGUACCAGUUACAAUCAGAAAACAGCAAUAAACAAAUACAGACGAUCCAACAAAAUCUCCACCUAAAUGUAUACUAACCCUCUCCAUUAAUCACACAUGUUGAAAACCAUUCAUUUCAUGUCGUUUUACUAUUGUGACCUUGCCUAUUGAUGGGUUAGGUUUCCAAAGGAACUCAUUUCCACAACUGUAGAUGGAGUGAAAUAAAAUAAGAAUAAGAAGAAUCAGGAAUUAAAUGUCUUAUAGCAUGUGAUAAGAGGGGAAGUAAAAAAAAAAAGAAAUGAAAUAAAAAAAA